AUGACUGGCCAAGAGCCAGCUAAAAAGAAGAAGAAAAGGAGGGAACCCAGAACGGCAGCAAUUACACUGACGUGCCCUCCCGGAACGUAUGAGAAAAACCUCCGGCAGGCACGGCAAAAGAUGGAGGCGCAUGGCCUUAAUAUGGAAGGCGCAACGAUCAAAAGAGGAGCAACGGGAUCGUACAUUUUUGAGAUAUCGGGGGCAAAUGGACAUGAGAAGGCGGAUAGAUUUGCCCUCGGAAUGAGGGAGGCCUUGAAAGGCAAAACGGGCGUCAAAGUCCAACGCCCAAUCAAGAUGGCAGAGAUGAGACUUCGGGGGCUCGAUAAGUCCAUCAGAGCCUCCGAAGUAAUUAAAGCAAUAGCCACAGUAGGGAAUUGCGAGGAAGAGGAGAUCCAUCUGGGGGAGAUAAGGAAAACCCCAGGUGGAAUGGGAAUUGUCUGGAUCCGUUGCCCGCUGAAAGCAGCAAAUAGUAUAAUGGGCACGGCCAAAAUACAGAUAGGUUGGGCACUGGUGCGCGCCGAAAUGUUAGAUGCCAGAUCCCUUCAGUGUUAUAAAUGCUUAGAGGGAGGACACGUGCGCGCGCGGUGCCCAAACAAGGAGGCCGUAGCGGUAAAUGUUACCGCUGUGGAAAUGAGGGCCACGCAGCCAAAAACUGCGUGGCAGAAGUAA